UUUAGAAAGGGAGAAGAAGCCAUGUUAGCAGAAAUUCGGAAUUUUGUGAUGCGAUACAACCUCAAACAGACGAUGAUCGCAGAAAUGACAAGACUGAGUCAAGCCUAUGUCAGUCGUUUCUUCCGUGGAGACACACUGGAGAUGUCAGAUCGUACAAAAAACACCUUUUACAUGUGGUACUUGACAUGUAAAAAUAACCCAUGGAAACUACCUCAACUGUGCCCUAGCUCUGGAGUAAAGCGAAUGGUGUCGGAUAGUGGGGACCUGAUCCCCCUGAAAAGAGAGAGAUUCACCUUUAAGACAUCACACUUGGCAGUUCUUGAACGUUACUACGAACAAGAUCCAUAUCCUGAUGCACAGACGAGAGAGGAGAUUGUAAAAGAAUGUAACAGAGCUGUAGGACGACCAGAUCGGCCAGUAUUAGAACGUGAAAAGGUUACACUUCCAGUAGUUAACAACUGGUUUAACAACCGAAGAAAAGAGGCGAAGAAGCAACUACGACAACAGCAUGCAUCAGCCAUAGGUGUAAGCUCUGGUAACCUAAUGCCAUUCAAUCAACCAUAUGCCCUUACCUUCCCAUCAAUGGCUUCCCUUGGUUGGACUUCUUCAUCUGACUCUUCAGUUCUAGCAUCUUCAAGCUUCUCCCUUCCUGUUUCUCAGCCAAAUAUCUCAAUGUUGAAUGCCUCUACAUCUCCCCUGACUACCCUAGGAGGAGCUCCCCCUCAAGUCCAGUUAUCUCUGGAGCCUCCAGACAGUGACAUAUCGCAGGAAUCUUCUGAACCCUGUGAAAGUAACGGAACUUUGUCCAUGGACCUUGGAUCAACUUGUCCUGCUGUUAAACAAGAAACUGAUUCCAUGUAAUUUUAUUGUCACGAUAUUUAUUAUUCUGAAUUGAUGAAGUGUUGUACAGUGUAGAUAUAGUAUGGUACCGGUUUUUAUAUUCUGUUUUACAGAUACAUGUAACUUACUUCUAAUGACUCAUCACCUGUAAAUACUCGUUUUAAACGCCUAUGUUUGGAAUUUUUAUUACUCUUGUGUUAACAUUGUUAGAAGUCUUCAUUUUCCUCUUUAUUUAUUUACUUUAUUAACUUUAAAAAAAGUUUUUUUUUAUCUGCAAAAAGUAUGUUUAUCAGGUGUUCUCUUGUUAACUUUCACCAGUUGCCAGUAAUUAUUCAGGUUCAAGUAAGCAUCUACUAAAUAUAAUUAAAACCAACCUAGAAAUGAAUUAUAUUUUUUUAUUGACCUAUUUAACUAAUCUUUGAGAAAAAAGAAAAGUGAAGUCAAGAAUUUUAAGAUAAAAUCUUGGGUCAUUAAUUGGUUUCUUUGUAUAUGGAUAUUUUUAAAGCAAAUCAGUUUCAUUUGUCAGAGAUUAAAAAUGAGUGAUGAUAUAAAACUGAAUAUUUAGUAAGUUCAGAAGUGAAAUUUCCACAGAAAUUGGAAAGUAAAAGCUUUUAUUGUUCAUAUUGUGAAGUUCACCAUCAUGCUUGGCUAGAAAAUUUCCAAAGUGCAAGAUAACAUGUUAAUGAAAACUUUUGAGCAUUAUAUAGUAAACCACAAGACAUUCUUUUUUUUCCAAGAUCAUCUACAGCAUAGAAAUAAUUACAUGUCAUAAUAUCAUUUCUAGUGUAUGAUAAUUUAACAAAUACAGUCUUAUACCUUGACUUCUCUGAUAUGUGUCUUUCUUCUAAAGAUAUUUGAUAUGUUUGUUUGUUUUUCUGCUUAAUUGCUUAUUAGUAUUUAUUUGUUUUCUAAUUUAACCAUUAAGUGGCUGCUUUUUGAUUUAUGUAAAUAUUGGUAGAGUAUAGCCUUUUGUAUCUUUAGUGUAUUUUAUAAGUCCUGUUGUUCUUCGUGCUCUCAAUAAUAGUGAGUCAAGCCAAAAACAUAGUUAUUGUGUUAUGGUUCAACUUAUACUGUAAUACAGUGUACAGAGCAGAAGGGUCAGUAGCUCAGCGAGUGAGAUUGAGGAGCAGAAAAUUUAUGGAUUAUGAAUGACCAGUAUUUGGAUUCAUUGCAGUUUUGAUUUUUGCUACAUUGUUAAACAAAGAAAGAAAUGAAGAUUUUGAUUCUAAAGAGAAUGUAUAUGGAAAUAGUACAGAGGAUUUUAAUGGUUUUUCUGUUGUUGACUGUAAACAAACAGCUGUAAACAAUUCAAAAACCUUAAAAAUAAGUAAAAGUAGAAAAUAGUGAGUAAAAUAUUUUCACUAUCAUCAUUCAUAUUUCAUUCAACUGCCACUUUUUAAAAGGGCUUUUCAUUUCUUUGUAAUGAUGUACAAUGCCAAAGCUAGUGAAUAGUAUAAUGUGAUAUUGUAUCACAGUAAGACUGAUUGUUUUCUUUCAUUUGUCUAUCUUAGGAUAAAAGAUCACCCUUCCAGAAACUAGCUGGUUUCAGUGUUUUUAAAUAAAUAAACUUUAAAAUUCUUUCUUUUCAUUAGAUUUCUUGUUAUUUUAGUUAUGUAUUUCUUAUUUAUUAAUUAAUCUGAAAUACAUUUUGUUAUUGUUGUUUCAAAAUUUUUUUAUAUUUUUAUAGACAUAUGUUCAUCAGAAGGAAACAUUUUAAUCAGUUUCAUAUAUUAAAUGUAAAUUAAAUCUCGCAUAUUAAGAAGUUUUUAAAUUCUUAGGAUGUGUUCUUUUAUUACUUUAUUUUGUACAAUUGUUGUUUUUUAACUCGAAAAUCACGGGAAAUGAUGUAUGUAUUCAUGCAUUAGAUUGAUUUUUUAUUGAAGACAGUUCUAAGUUGCAUGGCCAUAUCAAGUAACAUUUGUUGCAAUAUUUUAAUGUACAUUUGAAGGUUGUAUCACUGUAUUUGAAAUAUGUGUACAUAUUGCUCAGUAUUUAGCUAGAUCAAGUUUUUUUCAAUAUUUGUUUUGUAGGUUUCAUUGGACAACUCAGGUACACACAGUCCACUCUUGUUAUCUAUCUAAUACAGUUCUGAGUAAGUUUUUAUCAUGAAACACCUGUCUAUAUGAAUUGUCUACUUGCAAAAGGGAGUUUUUAAUAUAAUGUCUAGAGAUAUUUUGUAAAUAGUUUUGUUCUCAUUUUUGAUUUUCUUUUAAAACCAGACUCCCAUUUGUUAUUUUAAUCUGGUUUGAAUGUACAAACAAAACAGCACGAUUAACAUACACAAUAUGCCUUUAAAAUAUGCAACAAAUACCACUUUGUUUUUAUCAUACAUAUGUACAUGGCAUACAUACCUAAACAAUUUCUGAUUUUAAACAGAAAUACUGGAAAAAAUAGGCUUAGUCAUUUUUUAGUUCUGUACAUGCAAGUGUAAAUUAUGUAUCUAUACCAUGAUGUUAUGGUAUAUGUGGAAGUGGUUUGAUAUUUGUGUGGCUUUUAAAUUCUUUAGGUGCAAUGUGGUUAAAAAUGUGUUUUUCUCUGUGAUAACAUUAAUGUCUUGUAACCCUGUUUAAAUUUAGUGUUAUCUACUUCAAUGUAAAAUUGUAUCCUUUGUAGCAUGUCAAUUUUUAUAC